CUGUGCAUGCUGAGUAGGACGAGUAGAAAUAGAGCGGAUGAACAAAUGAAUAAAAACAAACAGGCCCUCUUGUGUAGAAUAACAGAAUAGCAGCAGAGUGAAGAAUGAGCAAUCGAGCGGAGACCCCUCCUGAAGAGCGAGUGAAUCGUGACUGGUCCAAUGCGCAAAUGGUGGCAAAAGAAGAAGAGUGCCUUUGGUCCGUCUGAGAGCGUUGUUUGCUCAUCUCCCAUGGCGACUCAGGCACAUACCCUUCGACGCGAUCCGACAGUGGACCCAGCUGCUGCAGCUCGAAACAGAGCCUUAGCCAGCACCAGUGUGCUCGACCGACCCAGGACGCGAGACGUCCUUCAUACUGUCAUUCGAUCCUCAUCUCUUCUGAACGAGACACGACCUGAUUCAACCCAACAACGCACAGCUGCUUCUCAGCGGGAACUAGCAGGCACCGAGGAGCCAUCAACGGUGCCCAGCUCGUCGUUGUUCAACAAGACAUGGAACUUUCACAAGACAACGCCAUUCUACGACUUCAACCCAUUACAACACAGAACCUAUGCAGAGGAACUUCUUACCUAUAUCGCAGCCAACGCCCGGAAUCUUACAUCCUCUGCCUUGGCUGAACAGACCCAGGAUGGAUCGUUGACCUUUGUGAACGGAAACCGCCUUUUUCCUGGUCAGAUUGACAACGCAGGACGCAACAUUACCGAAACUUUGGAUGAUCCUGGCGACAUUAAGAAGGUGGAGAUUCAGCAGCUGAUUCUGGACCACGAGAAAGACGGUGAAGAGAGGACUCGUUCUGCACUGGGUUCGAUCAUGAUCACUAUUAACGUGAGACCAAAAGGCAAAUCGCAUGAGCAGACGUAUCACUGUGCGGUCUUGUUGGACCAACAGCCUGGACACAAUCAGAGCUCCAAUUCAGCUUUCGCCAAUUUCAACUUAGUCUUGAUCAAGUCGCCGGUAGUAAUCGGCCAAUUGGUUAUUCAAUGGCUGGAACGGAGAUUUGAUUGCAGAAUCUGUCGACUACUGCUUCAGCCCUAUGAGCUGCGAAAGAUUGUUGACACUUCCCUGGACGCCAUGUACAACCAUGUACAAGGACGAGAUGACAGGAGAACGAGGGCAAUUGAACUGCAUUACGUAUUUCCAGAAAGCGUCGACAGCUUGAAAUCAAUAUCAAUAUCUCUGCUUCCAGAGGAGGCACGGCAGCUUCUCGUCAGUCGUGAGGAAGGAUCGAAUGCUGGAUUUCUAGACGGCGUCGAGGCGCAUUGUUCGGACAGUAUGCAGAUUGACUUUGGUCGCCUGACCUUGACCAGGGCAGGCUGCUCCGCUUGGUACCUCGCAAGCGAAGGAAAAGCCAAGAUCUUUCCCUUGAUUGCAGACCGGCAUUCCUUGAUAGAUUUUAUCCGCGAGAUUGGAAAGUGUGGGACGUGAUCUCUUAAUCUCAAGCACUCGUCCUACCACACUCCAUGCCGUCCAGAAUCACUGCUCUGUCGCGUUUGAUACCUGUAUCGUUAGGGGUUGCUGUUGCCUGAAGUACUUUAAUUUGAGACUACUUGUAACAUAGUAAAGGCUUACUGAGCAAUGCAUCUAUUCGUCCCUGGAUCGCGUCAUGAUCUAAAGCAGAAAUGAAAAUGAAGAUUAGAAAGAUAGAUGCAGCAAAUAAAUGGCAUGCAUAUCGU